AUGCCAACUCCAGAAGAAUCCCGAAUGGAGGAUGGGGAAAUUGACGGCGUGAUCGAUGAAAAAGUUCCUCCAACAAAGGAAGAUCUUAAAAAAUUGAUCAAGGCGGUGGAAAAUGCUCCAUUAGAAGAAAAUGACACCUGGUUUGUCAUUAGCCAAGACUGGUGGGACAAAUUCAUUCAAGCGGUUGAUAAUGGAUUUAUCGAAGAUAUUCCCGAGAUAAACAACACUUUAAUAUCUAACAAAAAUCAGAAAAAUGAGUAUUUUUUGAAAAGCUUGCUUGCCGAAGGAGUUGAUUACCAAACGAUUCCCGAGUUUGCUUUCAAGCGUCUUCGUAACAUUUUCGGUCUGGACAACGAUGCUCGCGAUUACAUUCCUCGAACGGUUGUGCGAAAGAAUGGCAGCUUGUGUGUUGAAGUUUAUCCCAGGAUUGUUCAUAUCGCUUUGUUCCGCAACAAGAAUAUCAAGUCAGAUUUGAUAUUAAAAGCUGAUGACACAAUGCAAAGUCUUCGUGAUCGAGCCAUCAACGAACUAAACUUGAAAUCUGAUGAAAAACUCAGGUUCUAUGUAAUGAAUGGCAAAAACGCGGAGCCUGAGUUAGUUGACACUUCGCAAUCAAUUGACAGCUAUUUUGACACUGUCCAAAAUGUUCUUAUUGACACCGAAGAGGAUGGACAAUUUUUUUAUCAAACGAAACCUGCAAAUCAAACGAAAAGUCUUUUCGGCACCAAUUCGACGUCAUCAUCGUCAAUUGGCAAUGGCACGUAUGGAUUGAAUUACUCCACCAGCAUAUCGUCCGGACAUGUUGCCAAAGUCACUCCUGGUCAAUGCGGUCUUCAUAAUCUCGGAAACACGUGUUUCAUGGCAUCGGCACUUCAAUGCCUUUCGAACAUGCCACCACUUCGCGAUUAUUUCCUGUCUGAUGCCUACAUUGACGAUUUGAAUGAAACAAAUCCGCUUGGAACACACGGACAUUUGGCACAGGCCGUUGGAGAGAUGUUCAAGAACAUGUGGAGUGGUCAAUAUUCGAGUUAUCUUCCGCGCAAAUUUAAAUCAAUCAUUGGAGAAUUUGCCCCUCGAUUCAACGGAUAUUCUCAACAGGAUGCACAUGAAUUGAUGGCAUAUGUUCUUGAUGGUCUACAUGAGGAUUUGAACCGAAUUAAAAAGAAACCUUAUAUCGAAGACAAUGAUGAGCAUGCGAAGCUCCCGAUUCAUGAGUACGCGGAAAAGUCUUGGGAAGUUUACAAAAUGCGAAAUGAUAGCAUAAUUGUUGAUACGCUUCACGGUCAGCUGAAAUCUACGUUAGUGUGCCCUGUGUGCGCCAAGAUUUCAAUCAAAUUUGAUCCGUUUGGAUAUUUGUCAUUGCCACUUCCUGAAAAAGAUUCAAUUCAAAGACAGACGAUCCUCUUGAUGCACACCGAGAAGAAAUGGUCCAAGUUUGCGUUCCGAAUCACUCAAAAGACAACUAUUGCGGAAGUCGAGGAAAUGAUGUGGGAGAAGUUGAAACCAUCUCAACGAACACCGCUUGUUUUCUUCUAUCAACCUAGCUCUGUUCAAUCCAAUGACGAUAUCGUGCUUUUGCUUCCAACUGAUUCCGCUUUGAAAACGAUGAGAGAAAUUUAUGCUGCUGAAGUUGAACAUGAUCCAAUGCUGCCUUCGACGAAAAUCCUUGUCGUCUACAACCGGGUCAAAAUAUCACGGGCCUGCUCACUUCCGAUGGUUUUCACUUUGAAGGACGAAUCGGUAUUCACAAAAUCGUUCUUGACCGGAAAAGUACUUGACCUGACUAAGCAAUUCUUCUUUGUGAAAAGGAACGUUGAUUCUGAAUCAGGAGAUGAGACAGUCAAUGGCAUCGAUGAGAACACCGCUUAUAAGAUUUUCCUGCAAGGUCCGGAAUCGUCACAAACGCCAAUCACAUCAAUUGGAAAUGAUCCAAUCGGCUGGAUCGAGGGAAAAGAUCCUUACACCUCAUACAAGCAAGUUGUAUUCCAAUGGAAGGAUUCUAAAUUGUUCAAUCAGUACAAAGGAGGAGAUCUUGUUGAACGUGAAAGCACAGUACCGACACGCGAAAAGGUGCAUUUAAUGGAAACACUCAAUUGGUUUACCAAGAAAGAACAACUCGGCGAGCAAGACUUGUGGUAUUGUCCAGAAUGUAAAAAGCAUGAGCGCGCUACCAAACAAUUGGAUUUGUGGAAGCUUCCUGAGAUUCUCGUGUUGCAUCUCAAACGGUUCCAGUACAAUCGUUAUGCCAGGGAUAAACUUACAUGGGAGGUCGUUAUUCCAGUCAGAGGUCUCGAUCUGACACCAAAAAUCGCCAAUGAAAAACACCAGAAGGCAGUGUACGAUUUGAUUGGAAUCAGCAAGCACUAUGGAUCGUUGAGUGGAGGACACUACACUGCAACAGCGCUCAAUGAUCAUAUCAAUAGAUGGAUUGAUUUCAAUGAUGACAGAGCAUCUCCGACUGACGGUCCGACCGAUCCAUAUGAAGCUUCGGAUCCCUACAUGCUGGUUUACCGGCGAAGGCCACUUGAUAAAAAUGGCGAGCCUUUGGAUCCAGCCGAACAUGGAUAUCCAGUGACCGAGUACCGUACCUUGAAUGUCAAUCAACGUGUACCUCAUGCUAGUGACGAGAAUUUGGAGAUGGAAAUGGACGAGGAUUGA